UAAUUAUGAGGCAUCCUGAAGACUCGACCUCAAGCGAAGAUGAAGUUGCAGAGAAUGACAGACAUUUAAAGAAACAAGUGUCUUCUAUUGAAGCAGAAAAUAAAAAUUCUCCACCAAAUGAUAAACAAAAUCAGAAUUCAGAAGAAAAUGUUGUAUCCAUUUUAGCUGAAUUUAAAAAAGAAUUUAUUGAAGCUUUAAGUGCUACAGAAAAUAAAGUAUUGAAAGCUGUAAGUGUUUCAAAAGAUGAAAUGAAGGCUUUAACGAAAAAAGAAAUUAUUGCUUCAGAACGACGUGUUGAAUACGACGUUAAACAAAAAGGGAAUGAGAUUAUUCAACUUAUAGAGACAACUGCGGCUUCAUCUGACUUAAAAACGUUUCUCGAACAACCAUUCAUCAGUCAGCUCCUUUUAACAACUGUCGAAAAUUUCGAAGUCUUUGACACUGAUUUAAAAAUCAACCAAAAAUUGCGUCAAAAAUUGCACACACACCUAUUGCGUAAAAUCGCUGGCACAAAAGACAUUAAUGAAGCAGUAAAAGCUGUAAUGCCAACAUUAAUAAAAAAAGAAGUACAGAAAAACUUUUCCGGAAAGGGUAAAUCAUUCAGAGGAGUCAAAAAAGCAGCUUUUUCUGAAACUACUUUAUUUUCGUGCAUUUCAGCUGUGAUAACUUUUAAAAUUAAGGAUUCGAACGAUAAAAAUAUUGGCAGCGCCAUAGGAGUGUGGCUGACUCAAUAUAAAGAUAGAGAAGGUGGGCGAAAGUUGCGACAGGAAGAGGCGAGGAACAACUCCGAUUCGAUGAAAACUGGAGAACCAAAUUCUCCAUUACAAGAGGAACCAAAAUCCCUUUCUUUAAACGAAGAAUUGAAUUCUUUCUCAGAAGAGAAUUCCAAUUAUUUAAAUGAAGAAUUGAAUUCUUCAUUGCAAACGAAUCCGAAUUUGAAGAUUGAUUAAAAAAAAUUUUUUUUAUAUGUUCAAACAUAUUUUAAACGCGAUUUUUACCUGCGGUUGUAACAGGGUUAAAUUAUUAAAGCGAAGAAAAAUCGCAGUCUAACCUACAGAAUUUCGAAAAUGAGUCGAAGACCUCAUUUUUAUUUAUAUUAUAAAACAAUAUAAAGAUGAUGAUUUCUGAAACCGCUACUGUUAAGAGUAUCAAACAUUUUUGUUCAAAGAGGAUUUUUGAAUUUUACGUUAAAUGUA